CAUGGUUGCGUCAUUUGUUGUGUUCCCCUCGGCCAUGAUUUCUCGUUCGAGCUUGGAAUGCCGUGAUUCUUUCAGCGCAGAACAAAAGGGAGGAAAGGAAAAAAAGGGUCCUGCCUAAAAAAACACAACGACUGACAAAUGCAACUUUGGAAAUGGCUGAUCACAAAGCAAAAAAUAACACACUGCCCCGCGCCCCGCCAUGGAUGGAAGCUUGUAGAUUUUCUUCUCUGGCCGGUGAAAGCCGUGCCGAGGAAAGACGGCCAACGGUCAAAUGCAACACGGAGGACUGGGGGGAAGGUUGACUGACUCGAUUUGUAAGAGCUCCGAUAUCUGAGGAGGUAUAUAUAACUGCUGUCGGCCUUCUUUUCUUUACAUCAGAUUCACGUACAGAUUUCAUCUUCAUUCUAUAACAGAGACAUUUUCUCCUAGAGCCUUUUGGAUACCCCUUGUCAACUUGUUUUACCGGCAAAGACAUAUAGAUCACUAUAUAUUUUUACUUUUUUUGAUACCCCCAAUCGAACGUUAUACAUUCUACAAAAAUGGCACCUACCAGCAACAAGGCCAUCAUCUUCAAGAAGGCCCCCGAGGGCUUCCCCAAGCCCGGUGAGGACCUCGUGAUCGAAGACCGGCCGAUCGAGCUGGUCGCCCCCGAGGGUGGUGUCGUCGCAAAGGUCCUUUACAGCUCUUUCGACCCUUACCAGCGCGGCCGCCUUCGCAAGCCCGAGGUCAAGUCGUACUUCCCGCCCAUGACGAUCGACCAGCCGCUCGAGAACACUUCGCUGCUGCGGGUGAUCGAGUCCAAGACUGAUCGCUUCGCCAAGGACGACGUGCUCAAGAGCUUCAUGUGCCCCAACCAGCAGUACGUGGUGCUGUCGGCCGAGCAGGCCAAGGCGCAGAGCAUCUUCAAGGUCGAGGAGUCGAGCGAAUUCGAGCUGGCCCACCACCUCGGCGUCCUCGGCAUGCCGGGCCUGACGGCCUACGCCUCCCUGUUCGAGAUUGGCAAGCCCAAGAAGGGUGAGACCAUCUUUGUCAGCAGCGCCGCCGGCGCCGUUGGCCAGGUCGUCGGCCAGCUGGCCAAGCGUGAGGGCCUCACCGUCAUCGGCAGCGUUGGUUCCGACGAGAAGGUCGAGUACUGCAAGGAGCUCGGCUUCGACCACGUCUUCAACUACAAGAAGGAGUCGCCCGAUGCGGCACUCACCCGCCUGGCGCCCAACGGUAUCGACAUUUACUACGAGAACGUCGGAGGCGAGCACCUCGAGGCUGCCCUCAAGCACAUGAACCAGUACGGCAGGAUCCCGACUUGUGGAAUGAUUUCCGAGUACAACGUCAAGCCCGAGGACCAAAAGGGCAUCAAGGGCCUGAUGAGCAUCGUCUCCAAGGAGAUCACCAUGCGCGGCUUCCUGUACAACUCGAUUGCCCCUGCAUGGUCUGCCCAGUUCAAGGAGGAUGUUACCAAGGGACUGAAGGACGGCUCCAUCAAGGCCAAGCUCCACGUUGUCGAUGGAAUCGAGAACGGCCCCGCGGGUUUCGUUGGCAUGCUGCGGGCUCCGUGGACUGGUCACAGGAUGGAGGAAGGAAACUACGGCUACAAAAUCCAGAACCGAGAUAAACGCAUCGCGUCCGGUCUCGGCUUCGCCAAACAACUAGCACGACAAGCGACGGCAAGAUCCGUCGGCUCAGCCCUAGUGGAGACUGAAAUUAAUCCGUCUACAGAUGCAGCACAACCUAUUAUUGCUGCUGCUGCUGCUGCUGCUGCAGUGCAUAAGCUUUCCCAAUCGCCGCCAUGCAAACCCGCCAAACGGCGCUGUGGUGCUCGAGCUUCGUCCCCAUGCAGCAAAACCGCUGAGCAACUCAAACUAUCCUCAGUAGACUCGUCCGAGUUCAAGGUGGAAGAUGGCGCUGACAGCACCAUGUUUAUCUGCAACGCGCUGUCUGAUCCCGAAUCGAGUGCUCAGACGACCAUGCAUCCGCCCUGCCACAGCAAGUCGACCAUGGCAAUUCCAGGCCCCAUUGCCGUCGACCUAUCCUCAGUCCCGGACUCUGCCUUGUUUGUCAUCGACAAGGUUGGUGGAGGCUUGGAUCCGGUGCUUGACCCUGCCCAGUCUGCCUUGGUGGACCGCAUCGUGCGCGGGGAAAACAUCUUUUUCACCGGCUCUGCUGGAAGCGGCAAGUCGACGGUCCUAAAGGCAUUUGUCAAAAGGCUGAGGGCUAUAGGCAAGAGGGUCGACGUCGUCGCUCCCACGGGACGUGCCGCUUUGGAGGUUGAAGGAUCUACAGUCCACAGUUAUGCAGGCUGGGACGCCACAGCUUUGUCGCUGGAACAAGCGACUGGCAGGGCUCGCACGAGGUUUGUAAAGAACCGACUCCGUCGCACCGAUGUGCUAGUCAUAGACGAGAUAAGCAUGGUCUCGAGCUUCAUGUUCGACCUUCUCAGUCACGUAAUGCAGAUUGCCCGACACGGAGAUCAGAGGCCGUUUGGUGGCGCCCAGGUGGUUGUAUCAGGCGACUUUUUCCAACUGCCACCCGUGAAACCUUUUGAAAACUGCUACUUCUGCGGUAGAGAGCUCCAAAUAGAUGGCCAUUCCGGAAAUCUCAGGCUUUGCCCAGGUACUGAGUUUGAGAUGAAAAGAGAGGUCUGUCGGAAACCACGCUUCUUUGACGAGCGUAAAAUGUGGGCGUUUUGCAGUGGUGCCUGGCAGCAGUGCGGUUUUGGCUGCGUGGAGCUCCAGACCAUUCACCGCCAGAGAGACAAUACGCUCAUCAGCAUCCUUCAAAAAUGCAGGACCGGCUACCACUUGGAACAGAGUGAGAUCGAUCUUCUCUGUGCUCCCCGGCCUCACAUUGUGGACGCCACACAGUUGUUACCUAAAAGGGAAGAUGUUUUGAGGGAGAAUGAGACCAGGUAUAACAACUUACCGAAGGAAUCGGAGCGGCAAUAUCAAUCUGUCGACUCGGUUGAGGACUGUCCCGGCCAUCUUUACAAAUCGUUUUCGUCACGACUUGAACAUCAUAAAUACCUGGAUUGCCUCAAGUUAAGAACAGGAAUGGUAAUUGUUCUUCGUUCAAACAUCAGUCCAAAGCAGGGCCUCGUGAAUGGUAGUCAGGGGAUCGUGAUAGGAUUUGCCAAUAUUGAUCCGAAGAGGCUACCCCGUAUUGCUGAUAAGGAUGACGACGGGGCGCCAGUUUCGCCUCAAGGUCAACCUAUACUCUAUAGCACAUACGCCAUGCUGCAAGUCGCCAGGAUUUGUGAGUUUGUGGAUCAGGCCGAGAGGAAGCAGUGGCCAGUUGUCAGGUUCCACAGCGGGCUCACUCGGCUCAUCAUGGCCGAAUGCUCGGUUAACAAGUACUACAUUCCCGAGCAAACACUUCCGGUUCUGGUCUGUCGCGCCCAAAUCCCGUUGAUGGCGGGAUGGGCCAUGACAGUGCACCGUUCCCAAGGCAUGACGAUGGAUAGAGUCGUGGUCGACCUGGCCAAAGCCUUUGAGAGAGGGCAGGCGUACGUGGCGCUCUCCCGCACGCGUACCCUGGAGGGACUGCAGCUAAAGGGGAACACCGGCGCCCUCAGCAAACCAUUCAGUGCUGAUCCGCAGGUGCGAGACUUUUACCAGCGGCACUUUAGCUACGUGACCAGGGGCCUGGUCAAGGCAGACGAAGACGAUGAUGGAAUCAAGAAGACGUAUGGGUCGAAAGGGGCACUGACCACGGAGGAAGCCUCUGUCAGUCAGCAAUCCUUCGGGAUGCCCCGAGCACCACCGAAGCGUGCCGCGCAACAGCAAGACUCAGAAUCAAGUUGGAGAGAUGUUAUUUUUCUCAUCACACAGCAUCCUCCUCCCACAUCAAACACUUUUCUCAACCAACAACAAACAACAAAAUCUCAUCUCAAGUCGACUUUUAGUCAACAAGUCAUCACCAUCAAGAUGCGUUUCUCCAACUUCCUCGUCGGCCUUGCCCCCCUGGCUGUCGCCAGCCCGCUCGUCGCCCGUCAGAACAACCAGGCAGCCGCCCAGGUGGCCCUCAUCGGUGGCACCGUCGAGAGCAUCGGUGUUCGUUCCAACGGCAACCUCCUCGUCAGCCGUCUCGACAACGGCCAGAUCUUCUCGGUUGACAUGUCAAACAGGCGUCCCAGCCUCCUCGUCACCUCGCUCGGCCCCAACAUCAACCAGGCCGGCAGCAUGGUCGAGAUUGGCAACGAUGUCUGGUACGUCGUGGGCGGCCGGGCCAACGUUCCAGGCAGCUAUGGAAUCUACAAGAUCGACCUCGCCAACUCCACCGCCGGACAGUCGGUUCCCGCCACCACGGUCGCCACAAUCCAGGGCUCUCGCAUGCUCAACGGCCUGGCCAAGGGUUGGAACGACGACACCCUCCUCGUUGGCGACACCCUGGCCGGCAUGGUUUACAAGGUCACCAUCAGCUCGGGUGAUGUCUCUGCUGUCAUCUCCAACGACCAGGCCCUGGCUCCGGGACAGAACGUCGGGUUCGGCAUCGACGGCAUGAAGUACGUCAACAACACCCUCUUCUUCACCAACCUCGGCAAGCAGACCUUCAACAAGGUCUCGAUCGACGACCAGGGCAAGCCCGGCAGCGUGGUGCAGAUCUUCAGCGGCACCCCCGGCGACGACUUCAGCUUCAACGAGGCCGGCGACGCCUACAUGGCCACAAACUUCCAGAACACCGUCAUCAAGGUCACCCCUGAGGGCAACAUCACCAGGCUGGCGACCGUCCAGGGCUCCACCUGCACAGCCUUUGGCAGGACCGACUCCACCAAGAACAUGCUGUUUGUCGGCUCCGGUGCUCAGGUUGUGUCUAUCACCAUUUAA